AUGUCACAGAAAAACCAACUGAACUUCGUGGCCAGGGACCAGAUUUGGAAGGAUCACCUCGAAUCAGAACUUGAAGCUGCGCGGAAAUGGCCAAAACGCUGGGGGUUUCUCACUACGCCAGUUGAAGAGUUGUUAAAAGAUGAAAAGAAACAGCCUCCUAAGCCGAAGAUCCCGCUUCCGGAACACUUGCAAAUCCGACCCGUGACACCGGUGGAUAAAUAUAUUAAGAUAGAGCCAUCCCCUCCUGUCCCUCGAACGACUCAGGGGUUUGUCGGCUGGAGAUCAAGUGUACCAGGGCUGCAACUUGAGCGUUAUUAUCAGAUCAGAAGCUGUAAAGGUGCUUUUUACAAGGACUUGAAGUGGCCCAAUGAACCCACCGAUUAAC